AUGACCAGGCUGGGCAGUUGGUGGAAAAGUCGAUCUGCACACAUUUUACACUUGUCUUCGGUAUUGUGGAAUACGGUUCAUUUUCGUGCUAACUGGAAAAUAUCAAGCCAUGGUUCAUCUGCGUUCAGUUCCGAACGUUUCGCCGAUCCUUCAAUGUCCUUAUCUAAAUUACGAAAAGCUUCCAUAGCGGACAAAGCCUUGAUCCCACCCCAGUUGUUGUUGGACAAGAAUUCCACCGGGGAGGUGACAUUUGGUACGACGGGGAAACGUAAUAGAAAGUCGAGUUCCAAAGGAUCAAGUUCUUUGUUCAUUAGCAAAAUUUGGAAUGCCAUUUGUGCAAGGAAUGUCAUUUUAUCUUGCUCAAACAGACCGCGUGACGUGUAUACAAACACUGAGAAG